AGGUACGUUCACAAUCAAGAUUGGGACAGUGCUCAGAGAGUAGCAGAGGAAAAUGAUCCUGAUAGCGUUACGGACGUUUUAGUUGGACAGGUGCUGUAUAUACAGUGGUUUGAAAGUGUAAAUCAAUUGCAGUUAGGUGAAGGUGUCUGUAGAGUUAAUCCUUACCUUUCAUGACCUUACUUACUGACAGCCUUUGGUUUGGUUGUGUACUGAAGAGAAUACGCCAACUCCUUCAAUGCUUCCCAGCCUCGCUUUCUGAUACAUCCUGCUCUUACUUUCUCCUUUGAUUAAGCGGCGCCUCUUUUAUUCCGAGUUCCUAACCUAAAUUCACUUACCUCUCUUCCCUACCCCUGUUCCCAAUCUAUUUUGCCAACCCCUGUUGCCACGUUUCUGUUCCUUGACCCCUUUUCCCAACCUUAGUUCCCAGCCCUUGUUCCCAAUCAUUUUCUCUCCUCCUGUUCCCAAUCCUUGUUUCCAAACUCUGCCCCAUACCCCAGUUCCCUACUCCUGUUUCUAAUUCUUGUUUCAAUCCUUGUAAUCCUCCUUCAAUCCUUGUUCCCAGCCCCUUUUUUUAAUACUUGUUCCUUGUUCCCUUCCUCUUUUUCCCUAUGUUUGUUGCAAACCUCUGUUGCCAACUUCCGUUCCCAACUCCUGCUUACAACCUUUUUUCACUUCCCACGUUCCCAGCCUCUGUUCAUUAUUCCCGUUCCCAACCCCUGUUUUUAAUUCGUUUCCAAUUUCUGUUCUCUAGCUCUGUUUCCAAUCUGUUUCAAUCUGUUCCCAACCCCUGUUCCUAACCUCCAAUCCCAACCUCUACCUCCUAACGGAAAAUUUGAAUGUUCGUCUAUCUGUAUGUUGCAGGCUCGUGUUGCGUUCGACAAAAAGGAAUUCCAAAAAGCAGAAACAUUUCUAUUGCGCGCUCAGAGACCAGAACUUUCUGCUCGUUAUUACAAGGUACAAUAGCUUUACUUGAACACUGAGCCAUGUUAUCAAAGUUGUAGACUUUUAUUCAUUUAUUCGUUACAUUUUGUUUUUAAGUGAUUGUUUAAUGUAUCUUUUGUAGUUGCUUUUUAGGAGGUCCUAUUCGUUUUCCUCAAAGGCACAAGUUUUGCCUUGUAACGCAACCAAUGCAAUCCCGGGGAACUUAAAGCAAGUAACAGAGGAAUGUUGGAACCAUGCGAAUCAGCAGUAAAGCAUCCCAUUCUCGAGUUCAGACCAUGUGCAUAAGACGCGUUAACUUGGGAAUGGGGCCAGAGUUUUCUUUAGUAUAACCCUCUACAACGUCGUCAACGUUAAAACUGCAUCGGGCAAAAUUAAAGCUAUGAUUAAUUUACCUUUGGACAUAAGCUGAAUAAAAGGUUUUAUUUUGUUCUAUAUACAGGAAGCUGGUAUGUGGACAGAUGCUCUGCGCGUUGUGAAGGAGUAUUUACCUCAUAAGGUAUGUGCCUGCACAGCGGACUUUAUCUACAUCAGCCCUUAUUAACACGUGUUGAAAACAUGUGAUGGGCUCAGAGGAUUUACUAUGAUUUCAAAAACCGUAGUAAGGUUAUUUAGGUAGGAUGGCACUUGACAGUUUCAAAAACUGAUAAACCUUUGGCCCUCUAAGUUUCCCCAACUAAUUGGAGACACUCUCCAGAGGAAGAGGGUGUCUGAAUUAUCGCGUCUGUGGAUGGCAUUCUGAGGUGUAGUGAUUCAAAUAAAUGUACUAUUUAUGGUACAUUUCUAAGUUGCGAGUCUCGAAUAGUACUAUUCUAAAGAAAUCCUUUAUUUUUACCAACUCUGGAUUCUUAUAACUUGUUCAAAUGUUCUUUACUUUCCCAACAGCUGGAACAGUGGCAGGACGAGUAUGAUAGAGAGGUCAUGUCCAAAGGAAACAGGUAUAAUCGGUUUGACGAACAAGUUUAACCAGUUUGAAAACGGAUACUACAGCCAAUUCUGUAGAUGUUUUCGGGCUAUGGAACCUAGCCUCCCUUUUAGGGCCAAUCCAGUGAUAUUGUCUAGAUACUAGGCGGAUACACCAUUGAUAUAUUCGGUAAUAAUUAGAGUAGUACAGUUGCUAUUCCAGAGCUCUAUUUUCAUUGGCCUAAAUAAGCAGUAGCUUCUUUUGUUUUUAGGGCUAGGGUUAUUGUUUGUGUAGAUUCAUCUAUUGUUUUGUUCUUCAAUAACAGACCAUGUUUGGAGAGCUACUGACCUUCUGGAGUAGUAAUUAGUAUAUUGGCCUGCCUGCAAGCUCUCGUGGGGGUGGGGGGAGGUGUGGUAGUCACUCGCUCGCAAGCUAUUGGUGUAUUUGAAGACUAGUUCCCCCAGGUUGACCUGCUGUUUUAUUACUGUUUUAUUUCAGAGGGGCGGAGUCUUUGUUGAACCAAGGAGUUGAGUGGGAAAAGAAAGGCGAGUACAACCGUGCGAUUGAGAUGUAUAUGAAGAUUACACCGAGUAUGACAACUGAUCAUGAACUGGUCGAGGAUGCUAUGGUCAAGGUUAGUGUAAUUAGUCGAGUGAUCUACUGCUAAUGACUUGAGGGUACAGGAAUAUCACAUCUUUGGAAGCCUGUUAGGAAAAGCUUGAGCAAAAUGUCUAUCAUGCGUUCAUAUAGAUACCCAAUUAUUUCAGGGCACUAAAGUUGUUUUCUUACACGCUUCUUGACGAGUGGUCGAUGGAAUGGGGUGUAUGGCUUGCAAAGCGUUCUCGUGGCUCGUUAAAGAAGAGUACUUAACAUCUCCUUGUUCUAAUAAACUUACUCAUCAACUGUUUACUACUUUCAGGCUGUUGAACUAGCGAUGAAGUUCGUCAGUGACAGAGCGUAUGAUGUGGCGAGGAUUGCUUGUCCCCGACUAGCUGAGAUCAAGUGUUAUGAACAGGUCUGUCAAUAAACAUUGCAUCAGUUAACAAUAAGUUACUUGUUCUCUGUUUUCUUUUGUUUGUUUAUACUAAGAGAGAUUAUGCUGUAUCAACAGUGUUUUAAAUCUAAGUGUUGUCCUCCGUAUUUUUGUUAAACCGUGUUCUUUUCUGUUUGUUUUUUUUGUUAGGCUGGCGAGCUGUAUCUUGGAGUUGAGAUGGUGAAGGAAGCUAUUGAUGUCUAUAUCCAGGGUGAACUGUGGCCAAAAGCCAAGAGAUGUGCUGCCGAAAUGGCCCCCAAGUACGUAAAUCUGAUUGUGUUUUACUUUAACUUACUUGCUGGCUAUUCUGUUAAUUACUUAAGUCUUGUAUACUGCCGGCAGAGUGUAUGAAGAUCAAUGAUCCUGUUGAGUCAUACGUUUUUCUUUUAUUCACUAUUUCAGGUAUGAACAGUACGUCGAGGAUGCUUACGUUGCUUUUCUAAAACAGAAAGGACAAGCUGAACAGGUACAAAACAACAUGAAAAACAGUUUUAGAUCACAGGCUUAAGGCAGCCAAAAUUGGUCAUACACUUGGGUCCUGUAGGCAUGUUAUGUAAAUUAAGGCGAAGUUAGGAAAUUGGUGACGAUGAUGAUGAUGAUUAAUCAAUCAAUCAAUCAAUCAAUCGUUUAUUUACUUACGUAUCGUCUAAUGAGCCAAUAAGCUCGUUCAAAAUACGUGCUAAAUGUAGAUGAUGAUGAUGAUGAUGAUGAUGAUGAUGAUGCUGAUCAUCAUGGUGAUUAUGAUAUGAUGAUGUUUAUGAUACUGAGUGAUGAUGAUGACGAUGACGAGUAUAAAUCACUAAUGCAAACUGUUGUUCUCGUUUUUCCAGUUGGUUGAUGUGGAUGUAAUCGCUGGUUUGGAUAUGAUGGUACAAAGAGGGCAGUGGGAUAAAGCUAUCGAAACCGCUGAACAGCAGGUACGCAGAACUGCAUUUUCCAUCCUAGCGUCAUUUAAUAAUAGAGGUGAUGUAUUACCUUGCGGUAACCAGAAUCUCAAUAAUAACGAUAAAGGUCUUAAUUCGCAUAUAUAUUUCUUUGCAAAUAGCUUUAUGCCAGUCUAAGGGAGCUUACCGAAAAUCAGAACUGGGUGCCCGAACCAGUUACUUGAACGUGAAUUGAAAGUUGUAUUUCGAAAUCGUCGCUUAAAACGUAUCCCUGCCGUACACUUUAUUUAGGUAAAGACUGAUCUGGCUGGGUAGUCCUGAUUAACAGUGGAAUUCUGUUAGCGACUGUACUGGUUUUGCGGGCCAGUUCUGACAAAUGAUAAGCGCACUGAAUUCUGUUAUAUUUUGUAAUCUAUUCACCUUUUUUUCUUACAGGGUUAUGAAGUUCUUAGUAAAUACGUCGCAUUGUAUGCUGCUAAUUUGAUUAAAGAAAACAACACCCUGAAAGCCUUGGACUUAUUUUGUAGAUACGGUGCUCCAGCUAAUCCACAGGUGACUGACAACAUGUUACUUAAUAAGUUGUAGUACAUUGUCAACACUCAAAUAGACAGGCGAGGUCCAAUGUAAGGGGACCUUCACAUAUACGCCAUAUGUGGGUUGAGUUUGUUGUUCGUUCUCUCCUUUGCUCCGAGAGGUUUUUCUCCGGGCACUCCGGUUUUCCCCUCUCCUCAAAAACCAACAUUUCCAAAUUCCAAGUCGAUCAGGAAUAAGGUAGACGAAGAACCACAAUGUGGAUGUGCUACCUCCAAAUCAUUAUUUAUUUAUUAUUUAUUUAUUUAUUUAUUUAUAUAUGAGAGACCCAGAUCGACGUUGCAAACAAAUCCCGCGCUCGGCUUUUUUUUAAAAGAAGGCCUCAGAGCUCAGGUAUUAUCCUAUAUGUAAGGCACUAUUCAACCUAAGAGAGAACGUUCUGGGGUAUUCCAGAAUUGCAAUGAGUCAACUAAGUCUAAUGUUCGCUUAUUUCACCNUCAGGUAUUAUCCUAUAUGUAAGGCACUAUUCAACCUAAGAGAGAACGUUCUGGGGUAUUCCAGAAUUGCAAUGAGUCAACUAAGUCUAAUGUUCGCUUAUUUCACCUGAAAGAAAACAAAUUCCACAAGCACGAUAGAAAUAGGAUUAUGGUACCCCUCAUUGAACGCCACAUUGCUCUCCUUACAUUUCAUAUGGUAUCUAUGAGAUUCAGAUUCAGACAGAAACCACAAAAUUGAUUCGCGAUUUUGAAUUUCUCAAGUCAAGCUACUUGUCAACAGUACAUGGCUAAUCUGUCCUUGCUUUGUUUAUGUCAACAGAACUUUAAUAUUUACAAGCGCAUCAUAACAGACGUGAUAUCCAUGCCAGGACUGUGGUCUGCUGAUAGUUACCGCACUUGGGCGGAUCUCAGAGACGUCCUGUUUGAGAUAGUAAGUUUUGUUUUUAUUAUCUGAGAAUCUGACCCAGUAUAACUUUGUUUAGAAUCCGCAAAUACAGCGCUAUGCCUUGGUAAGAGUCGGUUUAUUUACCUCCAGAGGACGGACCCUUCCCUAAAACCCAAACCUCGAGUCCUCUUGUUCUUUUCAGAAGUCUCUCUGGAAGUUGGACUUCCCUCUUAGACGGACACUUAGUUCUAGUCCAAGAGGUGUCCUAGUUCUGACCCUCUCCCCCCCUCUAUUUGUCACACAACGCUGUUGUUGUGUGACAGAGAGAGAAGCCAGAACUGGACUAAAGAAAUGUGAUAAUUGAAAACUUCAUUUUGAUCUUUGAUUUAAGGUUGACGGUUUAAGUAAAGGAUCAGCGGCUAGUUCACCACAGGCUAAGGAAUUUGAAGUCAUGCUGGAAGUCGUGCAUUAUUACAGUACAAGAUGCGCCUGUAUGCAACACAAAUCGCUGGUAAGCAGUAUUGAUAAGUUAAUCAGUCGAGCUUUCCCUCAUUCCGGUGAACAGAGACACCAUCUCGAGGCUUCCUCUUAUGUUGCUUCCUUUUUAUUGUUUCCUCGUUCUCUUUUAACAGGACACACUAGCAGCCAAAUUAUCAAUUUCUCUUCUUCGACAUUCUGAUAUUGUUCCAUGUGACAAAGCCUUUUACGAGGCUGGGGUAGCAGCAAAGGUGAGUGAUGUAUUUAUUCUUAUCUCAUCAUUCAGUUGCCUUUCCUUUACGCCCUUCAGCUCACCUUUAACAUCAUCUUCACAAAAGGACCUCGACACCCUUUCUUGUGAGGAUAUGUAAACGUCCUGAGUGGGCUGUUAUUGUUAAGUGUAGCAUUUUUUGGCGGGCGGUUUUGUAAUGCAUUGGCCGUCAUCUUUGAAUUUAUCGAUGAGGAAGACUGGAGAGAGUAGGUAGGCGAUUUACUCGAGCAAGCCAUACUCACAGCCAUGCAGAAGACACUAAACAUUUUCCUUAUAUUUCCUAACAGGGCGUUGGCUGGGAAAAUAUGGCUUUCGUUUUCCUCAAUCGUUACCUGGAUCUCAGUGAGGUUGGUUAUUUAAACCAAUUAGUUUACUUCCAGAUGNGGGCGGUUUUGUAAUGCAUUGGCCGUCAUCUUUGAAUUUAUCGAUGAGGAAGACUGGAGAGAGUAGGUAGGCGAUUUACUCGAGCAAGCCAUACUCACAGCCAUGCAGAAGACACUAAACAUUUUCCUUAUAUUUCCUAACAGGGCGUUGGCUGGGAAAAUAUGGCUUUCGUUUUCCUCAAUCGUUACCUGGAUCUCAGUGAGGUUGGUUAUUUAAACCAAUUAGUUUACUUCCAGAUGAACGUUCUUUGCCAUACAAUUUCCUUUUUAUACGUGCAGUCUGUUUAACGUUGCGUCGAAAAAGGAUACGUCUACUGUCAUGAAGGGAUCAGAACAGCCCCCCGAAAUAAUCCUAAGGUUUAUUUAGCAGGAGUCGCGGUCAAUUUGCGGAUGAUCUCAGGGUCGGCACCAUUUAGGGCGUUGUACAUUCUCGGAGACCCAGGGGCAGUCAGUCGGGCCGGAAGACAAGGCGCUACGAAAACCCAUACUUGAAAACUUUCGUUGCGCCUUUUCUCCCGGCCCCACUGAUUGCCCCUGGGUCUCCGAGGAUGGGGGCUGUACGGAUGGUACAUUAUCCUUUCUUAUGUAUUAGACCUACCGGUGACGAUAGUUCUCCUGAUCCUAUUGUUUGACCUGUUUUUGUAGCUACUCUAGUCCUAAAUUUGGCUAGGACGUUUUUUUGCUCCGUCAAACCUCUUUAAUACGGACACCAAAGGGACAGAACCAAGUGUCCGCUUUACAGAGGUGUCCGUAUUAUAGAGAUAGGGAGUGUAUGAUUUUUGGCAUUUCUGGGACCAAACGAACUGUCCGUAAUAGAGAGGUGUCCGUAAGGAGAGGUUAGACUGUACCAACUACGCAAUUUUGUUUGUUCAUUACAUCCUUUUUGUAUGGAAGAGCCAAUGCUCUUGCGUUGAUCCAGUAUGGCACCAAAGCGUUUGUAGCAGGCUUUCACAAAACUAACGAUUGCGUUUGGACAAUUGUAAACCAGUUCCGUUCACACCCUGAUCCAUUUUAAAGGUCUCGUCUAAAAGUAGUUCGUAGUCGCCUUACUACGUGCAUUUAUUGUAUUGUACAAAAUUAUUUUCAGGGUAUCGAGGAAGGAAGUCUUGACAUGUUGGAUAACAGUGAUUUUGCAGACACUGAUAUUCCAUUUGAGGUCCCUGUUCCCGAUAAACAACACCUUCCGGUGAGUUUCUUUACUGCACCAUGGUCAAACGACGUAUUUUCCUACGUGUGUAAUGGAGAUCACUGGAAGAGUGGGUGAUUCCAACUUUUGAGUCUUUGCAUAUAGUCUAGGGCUCUGUUGUUCAAUGGUUGGAUAAAGCUGUCACCCGUGUAAAUCACUAUCCGGCGGAUAAUUGUUAGGGAAACUGAUUGCGUUUUUCGGUAGUUAGUGAUUUAUGCCGUUUAUAGCGUUUUCCGCCUUUUGAACUCAGUACUAGGGCCAGAAGUGUAACUGUUUUGAGAAGUACCUUCCAUAUGGUACUGAUUAUUAAAAAGUUGUAAACGACCGAAGUGAAAGCUGAUGAGCAGUGCAGAGUAUUAACAAUACCUGUGUUUUCCCUGCUACUUGUUUUCAGGAGGAUAAACGUGAAGAAGUAAAGGAAUGGGUUUUGGCUGUAUCCAUGGAUCAAAAGGUUGGUCUUAACUCUUUCCCACCCAAGAGUGCAAGAAAUCAUCAUCAUCAUCAUCAUCAUCAUCAUCAUCAUUAUCAUUGCUAUUUGCGGCAUAGGGCGUGUGAGGCCGUUUUUUUAAUGGACCGGGUCGUCAGCCCUCUUCGUAGCCAUUAACAUUGUCUGGUCUCUAUCCUUCGACCUAUUCAGCAUGGGUGGUCCUACCAGGGACUAACCUUGAUAGCUCUAGGGGAAAACGCGCAAAGCGCGCACCAUGAUAAGGUGGUGAUCCAAACAAGGCAGUUUAAGAACUGUUUUCUUGAAUUCUGGUCAAAAAAAUAAGAAUUCGUGGCGACGAACUCGUAGUACUGAGUGAAGGUACUAAAUAGGUUAUAUUGAAUGGUCAUAUACUACUUUCACGCCACUACUCAUGUACCUGGGCCAUUGUUUCGUCGAAGGGUGGGCCGAAGUAUUUAUAAAAAGAAGCGAAUCGUCCAAACUCUCAAAGAUGGCAAAACGCUUAAACAGAGAAUAAUUAGAAUGUUUAGAGUGCCAAAUUGUCGUUUCCAAUGUCCAAAUGUUUUUGCGUUAUCCCUUCAUCAGUGGAAUACGGCUGGGUUUGCUGAAGCUAGACAGCGUGUUGCUCUAAACGUUUGGAAACUGAAAACAACAAGUUGGCAAUUAAAAUGACACAAAGUUCUACGCUAAUCCAGACCGUUAUAGCUCUUACACUUAACUAAAUAACAAUUAAUUUACCUCAACAGCCACCUCCCCCCUUUUUGCCCCCAUUCACCAAUUUACCCGUCCUGGAGUGACAAUCACCUGACCAAAAGGCAUGUUCCACUUGUUUUCAGGUGGAGCAAGUGUUACCAACGGAUGAACGUGAUACAUACGAGGCUUGUCUGGUGGCUGCUAACACUGGCAUCACCUCCCUACCCUGUGUUAUAACUGGUAAGAGGAAGUAACUCACUAACGAAUUGGUGACGAAGCCAUCUUAGACUACAAGUCUACAAGCAGUGCCUUUCUGGAAUGUCCAUGAGGGCAAGAAAACCGAGCUAAUGAGCAAGCGAGCUAAGAUUUUGCUCUUUGAGGGCGAGCUGGAAGAAGCAAAGGCGUUUUUGAGCGACGCACGUCAACCGGAAGUGAUUUGUGGAAGAAGUGGGACGAUUUGUCCGAAAACUUGGACAAAACCAAUGCUGAAGAAUGCAAAAAGUCCAUUUCCGGUUGACGUGCGUCGCUGAAAAACGUGAUAGUUUAAUCUCCCUAAAUUUCGUUUGAUCCGGGGCUGCUGAGCUUGUUGUCAAUUCAGUCAAGUUUCCAGAUAAGCGAUUGACCGUAGGGCAAUAAUGCUUUUACUUACUGAACUUAAAUAAAAAAGGAAUGAAACUAAAUUAACAUGACCUAAAUUCAUUUCAGGGUAUCCCGUCUUGCGAAGCAAAAUCGAGUUCAAGAGGCCGGGCAAAGCUGCGAACAAGGAGGACUGGAACAAGUUUAUCAUGGCUACCAAGGUUGGAUCAACCGUUUUUGGUUUUGAUCAUGUUACGUUAGGAAACCUGUGACUUAUGUGGAAAACCAGUGGGCAACAGGAUCAAGAGUUUCAAAUAGAGAGCCAAUGCUACCAUAGCAUAGAUAUGUGAUGGGCUGGGUUGUACCUUUAGGGACUGUGGUCUUUGUUCAGAGAGCAAAGAACAUCACCUUAAGUUUUGCUGAUUUGGGGCCUGUUGACAUGGAAGUGGGGAACCCCAGACAGAUGAGGUAACAUGAGGUGGGUCACCCCUCCUAUCAUGUAAACGUGAUCAAAUGAAAAUGAGAGAUUAUAUGGACAGGCGGGUUACCUCACCUAAGCUGGUUACCUCACCUACCCGGGGUCCCCACCCUCCAUGUAAACAGGCCCUAAGUAUGAUAUAGCUAUGGUCGGAGACCCUAACAUAGCUGGCUAUUACUCUGUGAAAAAAAUAUCAAUGGAUUGACAAAUUUGUUGCAGAUAAAUAUUUACUUUGCUUUCUAUUUUAUUUACAGGUGUCGCAUAGCCCCGAAUGCCAAGAUGUCCUGCGUUUCCUAGGGAACUGGUGCGGGGCUCCCCAGAACCCCUCUUAUUCAUUCAACUGA